CCGCUGCGAGACGUGAAAAAUGUGGAGGAGCACGGCGAUAUAAAAGCCAGGCACGGCCGCGCUCUCGAGGAGGUAAACACUCCGUGUUUUGGGUCACGUUUCGGAAGGCUCGAGCUCGGACAUGGGCCGCGCGCAGCUCCUGUUGCUCCUCUUCGCCUGGUUGAGAUCCGUAGGAGAUUGCCUGUUUGUGACGGAUUAUUUCACUCGGACGCCUCGCAAGCUAAACGCCUUCCGCUCCUUCGCCAGCGUGGAGCUGUUCCACUUCAACGUGCCUGAUGACACCGUGGUGGCCGUCUGGAACCUUAUUACCUUUAAGGAGCAAGGGGGAACCUUUGGAGACAGCUGUCCUGACCGCAAUGUGACAGUAUAUUUCCGAUCAGGAGCUCCUCCAGUGAUCAACCCUCUCAACACCCAUUUCCCACGAGACACCAUCAUCCCGGGGUCCUUCGCUGUCACUCUGACAUGGACGCUGCCCAACCGCACCACCGGGGUGUUCAACGUCACCAGCCCGCUCCCCGGGGACUGGUUCCUGGCUGCACACCUACCAAAGGAUGAGGGCAAAAUCUCCGUCAAGGGUCUUCAUGAGGAAUGUCAGUACCUCUUCCAGCCUCAGCUGAUAGUCCAGAGGCUAAUUGGGAUUUCCGUGCUUUAUCCCGGCUACUUCAUCGACCAGAUGAUUCCGGUUCACAACAGAUCUGUUCUGUACAAAGUGUUCAUUCCGAGCUACAUAUCCCUGGUGAAGGUGCAGCUGGUGGACUGCAGCACGAGGAACAGAAGUGGAGAGAGCUGUCCAGUGCUGUUAAAGAUGAGAGCCAGAGCUCCACCGGUGCACAACUCCAGCGCAGUGGACUGCAGAGAGAACCUGCCCUGUGAGCUGCAGCUGCCCUUACUGUCCUGGGAGCAGUGGUACUACAUCCUGGUGGAGCGCUACCUCAGCACGGCAGACGUGUACUUCCGCAUUGGGGUGCAGGUUAAAGACUGCUCCAAGCCGAGUGUCACUAAGGGUUCCUCUGCCAUGAAUAUGCCCCAAUCAUUCGGCACUGCCAUGGGCUUCUCUCUGUCAGAGAGCUUUCCCGCUGCCAGCCUGCCCAACCUGUCCCGGAACGCCUCAGAUCGGGGGCCGCUGCUGACGGCUGAAGACAGCAUCACCUACCUGGCUCCGACCGCCGACACCAAUAAGUGCUGGCCCAUCCGACCCACGCUACGCAACGAGCUGGAUACCUUCUCCGUGCACUUCUACAUCUUCUUCGGUCCCAACAUCUCCAUCCCCCCAGACCGGGCCGCGGUGUUCGCCAUCAAUCUGAUGCCGGUGCUGGACAGCGGAGGGGUCCUGAAUAUGGAGCUCAAACUGAACGUGUCUUCGGCGAAGGGGGAAAACAUGACCGUCUUCGGCUGCCUGAACCACGGGAUGCCAAUGGCUCUUCGGGACAACUCCUCCGUCAAAUGUGAAUCUGAAGCUGCUUCAGGGUUUCUGCUAACUGUAAACACCACCACAAACAUCACCAAGCUGCGAAUCCCGUAUCCUCAGACCGGGACCUGGUACCUGAGCCUCCGCUCGCUGUGCUACACGGAGCGUGGGUUUGAUGCGUGCACUAAUGUUACGGCCGAGGUUUAUCUACGAUCAUACCUGACCCCGUGCAUCAACGACUGUGGAACAUAUGGCCAGUGCAAGCUUCUCCGCACCAACAACUACCUGUACGCUGCAUGCGAGUGCAAAGCAGGUUGGGACGGCUGGGGAUGCACAGACAACACUGAGGCUUAUUCGUAUGGAUUUCAGCUCCUCUCUACUUUGCUGCUUUGUCUGAGUAAUCUGAUGUUUGUUCCGCCCGUGGCAAUCGCCAUCCGCAGCCAUUACCUGCUGGAGGCCUCCGUCUACAUCUUCACCAUGUUCUUUUCUACUUUCUACCACGCGUGUGAUCAGCCAGGUAUUGUGGUUUUCUGCAUUAUGGAGUACGACGUCCUGCAGUUCUGUGAUUUUCUCGGCUCCCUCAUGUCAGUGUGGGUCACGGUUAUUUCUAUGGCCAGACUCAAGUCCAUCAUCAAGCAGGUGCUGUAUCUGCUGGGUGCGAUGUCUCUGUCCAUGGCCCUGCAGUUGGACCGCCACGGUCUCUGGAACCUGCUAGGCCCCAGCCUCUUCGCCUUGGGCAUAAUGGCCAUCGCCUGGACCGUGCGCACCAUCCGGCGUCGCCGCUGCUACCCGCCCACCUGGAAGCGCUGGGUCUUCUUCCUCUUCCCCGGCACCAUGAUUGCUACAUCAGCCGUGGCGCUGUACGCCUUCGUGGAGACGGAGGAGAACUACUUCUACAUCCACAGCAUCUGGCACAUGCUGAUUGCGGGCAGCGUGGGCUUCCUGCUGCCGCCUCGCGCCAAGCCCGACGCCAAAGUGACCCCGCUGAAGCGCCGGCGAGGCUGCGGCUACCAGCUCUGCGUCAACGAGCACGAAGAGAUGGGCCUAGUGGACCCGGCUAUCAUCACCAUCAACAGCAUCUGCACCAGCUGAUAACACUCCACCACGCGCUUCACCAUCACACGGACGUCUGUUUGCCUUUUCUCUCCUCCCUUUUUUCGAUUGAAAAAAAAGGGGGGCAAAACAAAGCCAGAGAACUCGUCGUCGCACUGUAAAUAAAACUGGACCGAGGGAACACACACACACACACAUACGUACACUUGAGUUUGUAUUUCACCUUCAGUUUAGUUAGUUAGUUUUAUUUUUUGGUUUUGCGUUAUUGUUACAAAUCUAGACGCCAUUCGUUUUGCAUUGCUGGUAUGUUGGGAUGGUUUGUGUUGGUGAAAGUAUUGCACUUUUUUUCGUUUCUGUUUUAAAAGUCGAAGCUGAACACGCUGCUGCUAUUUUGACGGUGACUGUACAGACGUAUCAUGUAAUUAUUUAUUGUUUCUUCUGGAAUUCCGAAAAAGACCAAAACUAUUUUGGAGUUUGGGUGGUGAAGAUAGCUCAUAGGCGUAUUUAUGAAUGGCCUGUUCCAAAGUCUGUAUAUGUUUAUAUGUAUAUGUGCGAGUAUUUGCCUGUUUAACAAAAUUGCACAGUAUUAUUUUCAGAUAUACUGCGUCUGCAAGUCACUGAUCCAGAUUCAUACACUCAUAAAGCAUUGGAAUCAGUUCUGCGCUCAUUAAAAUGAAGAUGCUUAAAGUGGCCAAAAAAUAACCACUUUGGUUCCAUAAAGACCCAAGUUUGUGAAGUUUUGUACAGAAAAUGUGUACAAAGGUGUCUUUUUAAAUUCUUUAUGGAACUAAAAAUGGUUCUUCUUUGGUAUCGCUCAAAGAGAAGACAUUUGGAAAUGCCAUAUCGAAAACUCAACUAAAAACUCUCUGCACCACACUCUCAGAACUGUCUGGUGUGUUCCUACUCGCAGUUUAAACCCCCUCUGCUCUUCCUGCACCAUCUUCAGCCUGCAAACAAUACAGCCAUGGUCAAAUCUGUCACAAGAGCUUAGAUCACCUGACUUUGGUUCUAUAAAAAACAGGUUUUACCUUUUAAACUGGUAUAAAACAUUUAGAGUCUAUACACAUUUAAAAUGCAAUUUUCUUUUGCAAUUAUAAUCCUUUUCAUUGGACUACAAAUGGUUCUUCUUUGGCAUUGCUCAAAGAGAAGACAUUCUAAAAUGGAAUCCCUACAACUAACAAAAUGUCUCUGCACUGCUCUCUUAUUUAGAACUGUCUGGUGUGUUUGCACUCCCAGAUGUGUGUUGGACGUCAUUAGUAUGUCACAAAGUUUUAGCCCCCAUUAGAGGAGCCACUGCUCUUACUGCACCAUCUCCAGCAUCUUCAGACUGCAAACAACAACACAGUAAUGAUGAAAUCUGUCACAAGAGCUUAAGUCUUCUGAAGUCAUCUAAAGAACCAUCUAGUCAUCCAUUAAGAACCAUGUUUCAGUUCUAAUCCUUUUUAUUGGAAUAAAAAUGGUUCUUUUUUGGCAUCGCGCAAAGAGAAGACAUUCUAAAAUGUCAUAUCUAACACUUAAAAACGGCUCUGCACUGGUCGCUUUUUCAGAACUGUCUGGUGUGUUUGCACUCCCAGACGUGUGUUGAACACCAUCGGGUUCCACAAAGUUAUAGACCCCAUUAGGUAGACCACAGCGUGUUCUGUGUACACUUGUUUAGACCGCAAACAACAACACAGCCAUGAUAAUAUAAAUGAGAAAUGGCUGUACAAAUCUCUCCAGUUUGUUUGUUUCAAUGCUCACUAGAGCCUAUGACAUCUAAAGUCGUUUAAAAUUUUGCUAAAUUUUUUGCCCCAAAAUUCGAUUUAAUAAUUCUGCAAAAUGUUUGAAAUACAGUCUGGCUAGUCACAUUUUUUUCUACUGCAACUCUGAAUUUUGUCAUGAUGCCUAGUUUAAAUGUGCUUAAACUUUCUGAUUGGAAAUGUAAUUGGAUGCAGCUGUUUACAUGGCUAUUAUUAGCUAUUAUUCUUCUAUUUAAAGGAAUAAUCAGUUGUAGGCAAAUGUGUGAAAUGGCUACAGUAGUCCCAGACACGAAGCUUACGCAGGUUGCCAGAUUGGCAACUGAUCAGUGAAUAUAAAUACGUUUCACCAUCCAAAAUAUCCAUUUCUACUACACAAGUGUUGGUGGUAAAUUACCUAGUUAUGGUUUGCUACCUUCCUGAAGCUCAAUGAUUACCUGUUCAGCAGAAAAAUAGCCAGCUCACCCAUUUUCAUGGCACAGUGUUUGCUUGUUUUGUCUAGUCCUGGCAACCCUGAGUGAAGAAAUGGGACUUGGAGAAUGACAGGGGGCAGGUUUUGAGGCCCUAAUCUACACAGUUCAAAUAAUAAAAUACUGGCUGAAGCUGCCAGUGAUUAAACUCAGCAUAAAAUCCUUAAUGGUCCUUUAAAGUAUUAUCCACCUGAAAUCGUCUUCAAACUGCAACAGAACAACCUCAGAUUACUCAGAUUUAAAAAAAAAAAAACAGAUUACUCUGAGUACUCUAUGAAGUGUAAACAAAGACGUGUUCUAUUUCAACUGAGCUAUUUUUCAGAUUAUUAACAGAUUUUUAUCAGGAUGCAUGUAAAUGUAGCCUGUGUGUUCUCUAACCUGUAUCUUUUCACACGUGAGAAAUAGGACAAAUUUAGGUAGUUAAAGCACAUGAACGCAUACACAACAUCAAAUUCUAUACAUGACACAUGAUUGCAGACUUUGGGACAGGCCACGAUGCACAAGUUUUUCUUUUCCGUUAUUUCCGUUCCUUCCUGAACUUGCACUGAGACACAAAAAUGUGAUACUGUACAUUUUUAUAUAUAUAUAUAUAUAAAUAGUUCUAGGUAAAUGUCAAGACAUGUAAAUGUAUAGCUGUUUUUUUUCUGUGGAAUGUCUGACAGUUCUUUGGAUUGCAUUUUAUUGCCUUUGCAGAAUUGCUGAUUGUGGAUGUACAGAGGAGGAGAGGGGUAAAGGGAAUCUGUUUUCAAGAACACUUGUUUUAUUUUGACGUUAUCUCUCUCUCUCUCUCUUUUUUUUUCUAAAGCGAAUAGGAAAACCUCAGAAAAAAUCACCUCACGUUUCCUGUUGUAUUUACCCAGAGAGGAUCGGGUCAGAGGGGGCACCUUUUAACGCAUUAGCAACCGAUAAAACAAAUAAACAUUUUAUUUUUUCUGUAUUAAA